UGCGGACACUGACUCCUCCACCGUGAGUGCGCGCGUGAGUUUCUGGAUCAUGAGUCUGAACGAACUUUAUUUCUUCUCCUCCGGAUUCUGAAGACUUUCAACGAACUUAAUCAGAACCUUGUGAGAAGAUGGAAAACAAGGAGGAAUCAAAGAGUAGUUCAGUCAGUGUCCUGUCCUGGGAGCAGGUGAGCCGCCUCAACGAGGUGCUGACGGAGGUCGUGCCUGUUCACGGACGAGGGAACUUCCCCACCUUAGAGGUGCGGCUCAAAGACAUUGUGUCCUGGGUGCGCUCCCGCCUGGAGCUGAGGGGCAUCAGAGUGAAGGACAUUCGUCUCAACGGCUCCACGGCCAGCCACGUGCUGGUGCAGGACAUCGGCUGGAGCUACAAAGAUCUGGACGUCAUCUUCAGGGUGGACCUGCCGCACGAGAAAGAAUACCGCGUCAUUAAGGACGUGGUGCUGGGCACCCUGUUGGACUUCCUGCCCGAGGGUGUGAACAAAGAGAAGAUCACUCCCAUGACUCUGAAAGAGGCUUACGUCCAGAAGCUGGUGAAGGUCAACACGGAGCAGGACCGCUGGAGCCUCAUCUCCCUCUCCAACAACAACGGCCGCAACGUGGAGCUGAAGUUUGUGGACUCAAUACGCCGGCAGUUUGAGUUCAGUGUGGACUCCUUUCAGAUUGUGCUGGACUCCAUGCUCGCCUACUACGAGCUGGCACAGACGCCAAUGUCUCAGGCCUUCCACCCGACCGUGAGCGGGGAGAGCGUGUACGGGGACUUCAGCAUGGCACUGAGCCACCUGCGCAACAAGCUCAUCGCCACCAAGCGUCCCGAGGAGAUCCGGGGCGGCGGCCUGCUGAAAUACUGCAACCUGCUGGUGCGGGACUUCCGGCCGGCCAGCGAGGAGGAGUUCAAGGGCCUGGAGCGGUACAUGUGCUCACGCUUCUUCAUCGACUUCCCUGACCUGGGUGAGCAGCAGCGCAAGGUGGAGGCCUACCUCCAGAGCCACUUCAUAGGCGAGGAGAAGAGCAAGUACGACUACCUCAUGAUCCUGCGGCGAGUGGUCAACGAGAGCACGGUGUGCCUCAUGGGUCACGAGCGGCGGCAGACCCUCCACCUCAUCUCGCUGAUGGCCUUCCGGGUGCUGGCGGAGCAAAACGCCAUCCCGGACGCGUCCUGCGUCACCUGCUACUAUCAGCCGGCGCCUUACGUCCGAGACCACAACUUCAGCAACUACUACGUGGCCAACCAGAACAUUCCGACAUGGCUGCCAUGUAACUGAGGCGACAGCCACACGGAAGGAUGUAGAAGAGGGCACGGCCGCCGCUGCGUUUGAGAAGAGAGAAGGUUUAGCAGAAAAGAAAAAACUAAAAAAAAAAAAAAAAGAUGUAGAGGCAAUAAAUGCAAAGUUCCUCUCAAGGCACAAUUAUAUUUAAGUGGACAAGUGUUUUGCUUUGUUUUUGCGAUCCUUUCUCAUUCCUUAUCUACAGAGGCGUCUAGGUCAUUGAAUAGAAAGUGAUAUUUUUAAGUGUUAUUUAGAUUUCUCUCUCAUGAUGUUUGGUUGUUUCCCUGUUUAUCAACUUUAUUCUUAUUGGAGUUCUGUUUCGUGCCUUAACCUCCAGGUUUAUCUCCCAGUAGUUUAAGUAUAUGGGCUGUUUUUUUGUAGACAGGGAAAAAGAAAAAAACGUUAUAGCCUGAAUUUGGUGUCCCAAAAAAAAAAAAGAAGAAAAUGUUUGAAAAGGCAGAAAAAACUGAUAUAAUGAGAAAAUGCUGUUAUCGGGGAAGAGAUGAUGUAAAAUGUUUCAGCUCAAUUUAAAAAAAAAAAAAACUAACCAGAGCACUGGUGUUAAAACACUUGGGGAGAAUUUAAGGUGGCUCAUGAAAAACUUUUCCCAUCAGAAAUUAUGGAUUUGUUUUAAUAGAUUUUGUAAAUAUCUGUCACGGACACACUCUGAUACGCCGGCAGUGCCUGUGAUUUGUGAAAAAGCAAAGAAAAUGUAUAUUUUUUAUUUUCCACUGUGAAUUUCAGUACAGGACGAGCUCCCUCCUCCUCCUCCUCCUGUUUACUCAGUCCUGUACUUUGAGUGUGAAACUGCAGUCUGACAGUUCAGGCCUCAGAUCGAGGAGGAGUGAGGAGCUUAGUUUUUUAAGUCACUUCCAAAGCCCGUGACCUCCGCAUGUCACAAUCCUGGCUUUCACAGGGUGAGUGUGACCGCCGGAGCGAGCGCCGUGGGGCUGCCGUUGUUGCCUGGAGCCAGAACCGGCUGGGAGUCCUGCGGUGGCUGUCCCCUACCUUAAAAGGAGCAGCACAUGGCGCGCCCCGCUGGGUCGUCCCUCACAGCCAUCGCAGGCUCCGCAGCAGCCCUGAAAUGGGAUCCUCCUCUGACGCAGCUCGGCGACUGGCUCUCAAACUACAGGCCGUCUAUAAUUAUCCUUUUUCUGUUUCCCCGGGGGGACGGGGGGUAAGGGAACCGGUCCGAGCAGCAGCAGUACUGCCACCUUCACUUCCUGUCCGCUCCUUCCUGGUGCCUGCUGGAUCCACCGGUGUUUGAACCCCUUUUGUGGUCAUGGACACCAGGACAGAGUUUGGUAUGUUUAGAGAAACGCCAGUGUGUCUGCUGGAGGGACACCCCCCCCUCAUGGAUUUUGAUUUAUCGCAGAAGCUUUAACUGAUUUGAGGCCGAACCCCUCAACCCUCUUUAUACAUUUCUAUUUCUGGCCGAACCUAUUAUUAGUUAUGAAUUUAGAACUUUUGCAGUGUGGCGUUACGAGCAACCUGUCAUCUCUGCUCUUUGCUUUCCUGACGUCGCAGCAUCCGCGUUAAACUUCUUACAUAAGUGGCAGCUGCUGUGUGUUCACCCCCCACUCCCCGUUUCUUAGAGGCCCUAGCUCGCUCGCUCGCUGCGUCGCCGCUGCCGCUCGUCUCACCGCAGCACAUGUUUGUAGCAGAUAACCAGGAGCGAGUGUUAUCUGGCUCACAGCUCCUGGCAGGUUGACGGUGGUCAGUGGAAGGUCGGCUCGGCCUCCUCUGCAGGUCACGCCCGGGGCAGGGGCACGCCGCGCUGACUCAGCUGCUGAGCUUUGGUGCAGGAACUGCCGUAGUGUUUUUUUAACAACAAGUGAGGCGCCGCACACUUUGUCGCUCUGGACCAAAGGCUGCGUUACAACCAGCAUCUGAAGCAAUCAAGUGCCUUUCACACUCUUUGGAGAAUGAUGUAGCCUUUUAACGUUUUUGUUUUAACGGUGAUCAGGAGGGAAAGUGUUGGCAAAAGGUUUUUCUUUUCUUUUCAGCCCCUUUAAACCCCAGUGGAACGUAACCAUGACGACUGUCAUCGCUGUAUUAGAUUCUAGUUUCUGGGAAAAUGCGAUUGUGUUUUGGUUGGGGAGCAAAAUUUCCUUGGUUUGAAUUUGAAAUUUGAGUUUUUUUUUUUUUUUUUAUUAUUAUUAUGUCUCUUUCUUUUUAGUUUCAGUCCCAAACCAUUCUGUGCCUUGAAACCCCUCCUGUCUAGUCAUUCCUGUCCGCCAUUUUGUUUCUCUCCCUUCGUCGUUUCCUGCCGUGUCUGGAAGCCAUGUUGACUUGAGUCUCGCAUCAUUUGAAAUCCAGCUCUUGAUUCAUUGUGAUCGUCUAAACAGAUGUUCUGUAUUUACACCUUUUUGAUUUUAAAAGUCCGCCAAACAUUA